AUUGACUCAUUGAUUAUAAUAUAGAGCUGGUGUCUAUUAUUCCUUUGAUCUGAAGUUUUUCAGAGAGGGUUUGCUGCAAUUUGCUAAAUUAAAACGUUUAUAUUUUCGACUUUGUUCUCUCUCCAGAUAUGGCUUCCUCCAGCAGUCUCCUGUCUGAAGACCAGUUCCUGUGCUCUAUCUGUCUGGAUGUGUUCACUGAGCCAGUCACCACUUCAUGUGGACACAACUUCUGCAUGGUCUGUAUUACAAAUUACUGGGAUAGCAAGGACCUGUACCAAUGUCCACUGUGUAAGGAGAAAUUCCCAGAACGACCUAAACUUAGUGUCAACACAAUGUUAAGAGAGGUUGUAGAGAAUUUUAAAACGAUGAGACACAGAGGAAAAGAUGAGUCCCCUGCAAAAGCUGGAAAUGUGCCCUGUGACGUCUGCCCUGGGAUGAAGCGCAAGGCCCUGAAGUCCUGCCUGGUGUGUCUGGCUUCUUACUGUAAGACUCACCUGGAUCCUCAUCAGAUAGCCCCAGCCUUAAAGAGACACAAACUGGUCAACCCUGUGGAGAACCUGGAAGACAGGAUCUGUAAGAAGCAUGACAGACUCCUGGAGCUUUUCUGUAGGACUGACCAGACGUGUGUGUGUCAGUUCUGCAAUGAAACAGACCACAAGACUCACAUGACUGUCCACAUAGAGGACGAGUGUGGAAAGAGGAAGGCUCACUUGGACAAAAAAGAGGCAGAAGUGCAGCAGAUUAUCCAGGAGCGACUGAAGAAGGUUAAAGACAUCAAACUCUCAGUAGAUCUCAGCAAGAGAGAUGCAGAUAGAGAGAUAGCAGACAGCAUACAGGUCUUCACUGCUCUGGUGCGCUCAAUUGAGAAAAGCCAGGCUGAAUUAAUUGAGGUGAUUGAGGAGAAGCAUAAAGCAGUAGAGAGGCAGGCUGAAGGGCUCAUUAAAGAUCUAGAGCAGGAAAUCACUGAGCUACAGAGGAGAAGCACUGAUCUGAAGCAGCUCUCACAGACUGAGGACCACCUCCAACUUCUCCAGAGCUUCCCAUUCCUAGUGUGCACCCCUCUACCCACCAAGAACUGGUCUGAGAUCAGUGUUCACAGUGAUCUGUGUGUGGGGACUGUGAGGAGAGCUGUGUCUCACCUGGAGGAGAUACUGAAUAAAGAGAUGGAGAAGCUGCCUGAGGUCAAACUGAAGAGGAUUCAGCAGUAUGCAGUGGAUGUGACUCUGGACCCUGAUACAGCACAUCACAAACUCGUCGUGUCUGAAGAUGGGAAACAAGUAAGACGUGGAGACAUACCACAGAAUCUUCCUGACAUUCCAAAAAGGUUUAAUCAGUAUUGGAUUGUCCUUGCAAAGGAUGGCUUCUCCUCAGGGAGAUUUUACUAUGAGGUGACGGUUAACAGUAAGAGUAGGUGGACUUUAGGAGUGGCCAGAGAGUCCACUGACAGGAAGAGGAAUAUCACAUUGAGCCCUGAACAUGGACUCUGGACUGUGAUACUAAGGGAUGGGAAUGAGUACCAAGCCUGUACCUCCCCCCCUGUCCUCCUCUGCCUGAGAAAGAAGCCCCAGAAGGUGGGGUUGUUUGUGGACUAUGAGGAGGGUCUGGUCUCCUUUUAUGAUGUGGAGGCCAGGUCUCAUAUCUACUCUUUCACUGGCUGCACCUUUACCGAGAAACUCUUUCCAUACUUCGGCCCCUCUGAUAAUGAUGAUGGUCAAAACUCAGCCCCUCUCAUCAUCUCUCCUGUCAAUCACACACACUGAUUAAACAACGGAAAGGGAACUGUUUUUCCCAGAUAUUUUAAAAUGCACAUUUCCAUACUGUAAACAUACUGACAGGUCACAUCAUUUGAAUAUCCACAUUGUCCUCUGAAGUUGUAUCCUCAAAUGAGAAUGUAGAGUAUUCUGUACAUCUUAGCAUGGAUAAUAAAUGUGUGUAUUUACUGAAUAAUGAAGACUAUUAAAUGGAAUUAAAUGGAAUUA